AUGUCAAACCGAACCACCAUGACCGAGUUCCUUCUCAUGGGAUUUUCUGAAGUUCGGGAGCUGCAGAUUUUGCACUUUGUGGUGUUUCUAGUGAUUUACCUUGCAGCCCUGAUGGGGAAUCUUCUUAUCUUCAUGGCCAUAGCCUUCGACCAUCACCUUCAAGCCCCAAUGUACUUCUUCCUGAUUAAUCUGUCCGUCUUAGACCUUGGCUCCAUCUCUGUCACUGUCCCCAAAUCCAUGGCCAAUUCCCUCAUGAACACCAAGUCAAUUUCCUAUGCUGGAUGUGUUGCCCAAGUCUUUUUCUUCGUCUUCCUGGUGGGAGCGGAUUUUUCCCUUCUCACCGUUAUGGCAUACGACCGAUAUGUCGCCAUCUGCCAACCAUUGCACUAUGAGAGAAUGAUGAACAUCAGAGCUUGUGUCAAAAUGGCAGCGGGAGCCUGGGUCAGUGGGAUUCUCUACUCUGUGCUACACACCGGGAACGCAUUUGCAUUGACCUUCUGUGGAGGCAACAUAGUGGAUCAGUUCUUCUGUGAGAUCCCCCAGCUACUCAAGCUCGCCUGCUCUGACUCAUAUCUCAGUGAAGUUGGGGUUCUUGCAUUUAGUGUGUGUUUAGUCUUAGGCUGCUUUGUUUUUAUCAUUGUGUCAUAUGUUCAGAUCUUCAAAUCAGUGCUCAGGAUCCCCUCUGAGAAGGACCGACAUAAAGCCCUAUCCACCUGCCUUCCUCACCUCACUGUGGUCUCCUUGCUUGUUUGCACUGGCGCCUUUGCCUACCUGAAACCCACCUCCAGCUCCCCAUCUGCUCUGGAUCUUGUGAUGGCUGUUGUCUAUUCUGUAUUGCCACCAAUUAUGAAUCCAAUUAUCUACAGUAUGAGGAACAGGGAAAUCAAAGCUGCCCUGAGGAGACUGACUGGGUAUAGAUAAUUCACUAAGAAUUAAUUUUCUGUCUUUCUCUAACUAAAGUUUGCUUAUGUAGUAUCUGUUCAUUAAUGUCAUUUAUUUCCAUGACCACACAGCUUGCACACAGCCAGGUCUGAUUUUGACCUCAGUUGCACCAAUGCAAAUCCAGAUUUACUCCGCUCUUCCCACUGCCACUGGAGUGAUUUACACCAGUAAAAAAUCUGGGCCAGUUGUGGAGUAAAUGGGUGUAAAUUGUGUGCAAGAGAGGAAUCAGACUUUCAUUCUGUGCCAAAACAAUGCCUGUUACACUGCUUGGUCACUUGCACACCGGUUCCAUGGCCAGUGAAAACAAUGAUGGGAGUUGUCUUGCUUGUGUGUAUAAAUCAGGAGUGGCUUCGUUGGAACCAGAGGAGUCAGACUGAUGUAAGACUGGGGUAGGUGAGAGAAAGCAUUUCGGGUAGAUCUUCAACACAUCAGUGUAGAUCCAUUGACUCUGGGGACGCUAAAACAAUUUGCGGCAUCUGUCCUACGGCCUCCAAAGGAGCUGUAUAUCCAUUGCCACUAUCUGGGGAGUGGGCCCAUUGUCUUAUAAAGCACCAUUCAUGGCCUAACUAAGAGAGGGGGACAAGGAGCCAGCCUAUGUCAGUCUGGCUCAUGUGUACAUUCAGGCGUGUGAGAGAUGGAGAGACUGGCUAGAAAUUACAGGAAGGUUUCUAACCACCAGUGGGGUGACGUUCUGGAGCAGCCUCCCAAUGGGAGUUGUGAGGGGCAAAUCACAAAAUUUGUUUUAAGAGAAACUGAACAGAUGUCUGAGUGAGAUUGUAUGAUGGGACUGCUUGUGAUGGUGGGGGGCAGAGCUCAGCAACAUUGGGGAUUACUUGAAGGGCAUGUCUUAUGUUCCUAAAAGCUCAUGCUUCAGGGAUUCAUCUGGCCACUGUCAGGGGUCAGGAAGGGAUUCCUGUCCCUGACCGUGUAUUCCAGGAGGUUUUUUUUUUAAAUCUCUGAAGCAUUGGGCAGCCCUGGUUGGAAAUGGGACAUUGGGUGGGAUGUGCCAAGGCUCUGACCUAACACUGAGCCAUUCUCUCUUUCUUGGGUUCUUGGCUGGCUGGUUCUUGCCCAUAUGCUCAGGAUCUAACUGAUCACCAUGUGGACAUUAGGAAGGAAUUUCCUCCUUGGUCAAAUUGGCAGGGACCAUAGGGGUGGUGGUGUAAAGUGUUCUCUUUCCUCGGCAGCAUGUGGUGCUGGUUAUAUGCCAGGAUUUUCUGGGUGUAUCUAAAUCAUUUCCCUGCCAUUAAGAGGGCCUUGGGCACUGGUGCCCUAGGUCUCUCCUAUUCUCUGCCAAUGGCACAGAACUAUCUAGUCUCCAGUAGAGUUGAUGGAGAUGUAUUAGUACAACUGUCUGUGAUGCCCUGCCCUGCUGGCUGGGUGAGGUGACUCCAGCUGAGAUGAAGCCCUUGACUUCUGCAGCCGUGCAGUGUCAUUGUGUAAACCCCAGCCAUGGGCAGUGCGUGUUAUGAGGCCUCUCUGUGCUCCACCUACAGGAUAGGGGGCUGUUCCCGUGGCUGUCAGGCAGCCUGGCUGUUCAGCUCAAGCUGUAGAAGCUUGUACUUUGGACCUUAGAUGUCUCUGGUUGAGUCCCCUGGGUGCCAGACUAGAUUAGAUGGUGACUCUCGCAUACGCAGAAGUGGCCUGAGAACUUCAGGGGACCUUCUUCCUGCACUAAUCAGAGGCUGAUGUUGUCUACCAAGCAACUGCACAACAGCAGUGGGAGUAAGACCUAAAAGGGGAGGGUCUCCUUAGUGAGAGAAGAGGGAGGUCUAUUCAUGGAUCAUCUCAGACAUGCCCAUUCCUAGUCCCUCUGCACCCUGGAGACCAAAGAUGCAUGGCAUGGGCGGAGGUGGCGGAUGUUGCUCUCCUCUCAGGUUGGUAGAGCUGGCAAAAAUAACUUGUCAAUGGGAAAUGGUUUCCUCAGCCUCUUCAUGACAGAUGCCGGUGUGUCUUUAGCUGAGUUAAACAAUCUGACAAAGGCUUAGAAAAGUGUUUCCCAUCUCUUCCCUCAACUACAUUGGCCACUGACGCAAUCCCAGAAUACCGGAUCUGAUGGGUUGGAUCACAGAAACCCCCCUGGGAACUGCCACCUAUCGUGCCUGGGCUACUUCUGAGCCUGUUCUCCCUUCCAGCUUGGGACUUCAGUGACUUGCCUGGGUUGAGCCAGACAUG